AAUUCCCGCUCUGGUUUAAAUCACAUUUUUAGUUUUUUCUGAAGAUGUCCCAAACCAUUACAUAUUUCUAACUAUGAAUGGUUGUGUUAGCAGAAGCAGAAGCAGUAGCAGCUCACUGGUCAGGACUCUUGAAUUAAAAGACCCAAAGCUCCUAUUAGUGGAAAUCUGCUCCAACCUUUCUCACCUGAAAGAGAUACAUGCCCACUUGAUCAGAACCCAUAUCAUUGCAGACAUAUUCGUAGCCAGUCGUUUGAUAGCCUUCUGCACAAAUACCACCCACGGAACAAGCUUACUGGAUUACGCCCAACGACUCUUCUCCCAUAUUCAUAACCCCAAUCUCUUCAUCUACAAUUCAAUGAUAAGGGCAUAUUCAAGCAGCAAAAAUCCAGAGCAAGCCCUCCUAAUGUACAACGAGCUCCAACGGGCAGGCCUUCUUCCAGACAAUCUGACCUUCCCUUUUUUGGUUAAAUCCUGCACCCAAUUUGAUAAUCUGCAAGUGGGUACACAAGCCCAUGGUCAGAUCAUCAGGCACGGAUUCGAAUUUGAUGUGUAUGUGCAGAAUACUCUGGUCCACAUGUAUGCAACAUGCGGUGAUAUAAAGGCAGCAAGCCAAAUCUUCCAUAGAAUAUCUCAUUUGGAUGUAGUUUCCUGGACCUGUAUGGUUGCAGGGUACAGCAAAUGUGGGGAUAUCAAAUCAGCACGCAAGUUGUUCGAUAAGAUGCCAGAGAGGAACUUGUUCAGCUGGAGCAUAAUGAUCAAUGGGUAUGCCCGAAACAAUCAUUUUGACAAGGCAAUUGAGCUGUUCCAUGUCAUGAAAUCCGAAGGUGUAAGAGCCAACGAAACAGUUAUGGUUAGUGUGAUAUCUUCAUGUGCCCAUAUGGGUGCCUUGGAACAAGGAGAAAGAGCCCAUGAAUAUGUGGUGAGGAAUAACCUCACGGUGACUUUAACCCUUGGAACUGCUCUUGUUGAUAUGUACGGGAGGUGUGGAAGUAUUCAGAAAGCCAUCUGGGUUUUUGAACAACUUCCAGAAAGGGACACAGUGAGUUGGACGGCUAUAAUUGCAGGGCUGGCUAUGCACGGCCAUGCUGAGAGGUCACUCCAAUAUUUCUCAGAGAUGGUUAAGACGGAUCUGAAACCAAAGGACAUCACCUUCACUGCAGUUCUGUCAGCUUGCAGCCAUGGGGGGUUGGUAGAGAAAGGUUUCCAAAUUUUUGAGAGCAUGAAAAGAGACUAUGGGCUUGAGCCUAGGUUGGAACACUAUGGCUGCAUGGUUGAUCUUCUAGGCAGAGCUGGGAAGUUAGAAGAAGCUGAAAGAUUCAUACUUAAAAUGCCUGUGCAACCUAACCCACCAAUUUGGGGGGCAUUGCUUGCAGCUUGUCGCAUUCACAGAAAUGUAGAUAUUGGAGAAAGAGUGGGAAAGAUUCUGAUUCAGUUGCAGCCAGGCCAUAGCGGGUACUACGUGCUUCUUUCCAACAUUUAUGCUCGUGCAAAUAAGUGGGACAAUGUCACGCGAUUAAGGAAAAUGAUGAAAGACAGAGGAGUUAAGAAGCCACCUGGUUAUAGCUUGAUUGAAAUAGGUGGGACUGUUCACUGCUUCACUAUUGGAGAUAAAUCACACAUAGAGAUUGAGAAAAUAGAGGCAAUGUGGGAAGAAAUUGUCAGGAGAAUAAGAUUGGUGGGAUACGCAGGGAAUACCAUAGAUGUACUGUUUGACAUAGAUGAGGAGGAGAAGGAGAGUGCUCUGUACAGGCACAGUGAGAAGCUUGCAAUAGCAUUUGGCAUGAUGAAAACUGAUGCUCAGACAACUAUCCGGAUUGUCAAGAACCUAAGAGUAUGUGAGGAUUGUCAUACAGUAACCAAGCUUGUUUCCAAGGUCUUUGGGCGCGAGUUAAUUGUAAGGGAUCGGAACCGGUUCCAUCAUUUCCAAGGAGGUGCCUGUUCUUGUAAGGAUUACUGGUGAAAAACAUGAACUUGAAAUGAUACAUAGUUAUCUCUCUAACAAGAUACAGAAAUUCUUCAUCUUCUAUUU